AUGGUCGCUUUUAACCCAGUCGUUCUUUUGGCCAUCGCCGCCUCUGCUGCGGCAGCAGGUCCAACCAUUUCCACCUCCACCAUCACCGUCACCACCACCGUUUUGGACCCAUGGGAGUCCUCCUCGCUCAUUUCCGCCUCCAAGGCCUCCGUCGCCUCCGAAGCCUCUGUUGCCCUGGAGCUUUCCGUGUCUUCUGAGGCUUCUGCUGCUUCCAAGGCUUCUGCUGCUUCUGAGGCCUCGGUUGCUUCUGAGGCCUCGGUUGCUUCUGAAGCUUCUGCUGCUUCUGAAGCUUCGGUUGCUUCGAAGGCUGCUGCUGUUUCUGAAGCUUCCGCUGCCUCUGAAGCUUCUGCUGCCUCUGAGGCUUCCGCUGCCUCUGAAGCUUCUGCUGCCUCUGAGGCUUCCGCUGCCUCUAAAGCUUCCGCUGCCUCUAAAGCUUCCGCUGCCUCUAAGGCUUCCGCUGCUUCUGAGGCUUCCGUGGCUUCUGUCGCUUCCGUCGAAUCGGCUGCUUCUGCCUCUGAGGCUUCUGCUUCCAAGGCUGCUGCCUUGACUGCUUACCAAGGUGUGGUUGCUGUGGCUUCCUCCAACGUCUCCAACACCACCACCUCGCCAGCCGCCGCCACUUCCGCUCCUUACGCCAACACCACCACUCCUUUGUACACAAACACCACCAACUCCACCUCCAGCUUGCACAAGACGUCGUCCAAGACCAGCGGAAGCUCCACCACUUCUGGUUCUUCCGGUUCUGGUUCUUCCGGCUCGGCCACCUCGGGCUCUGCCACCUCCUCCGGUGCUUCUUCUACAAGCAACGGGGCUGCUGCUUUGGGUGUCGGUCUCGGUAUGCUUGGUGCUGUUGCUGUGCACUUGUUGUAG